AUGUGUUGUUCAGGUUUGCUAUUCUUUGAAACACAUCAUAUUACUAAUUUUCAAAAUUAUAUUUUAAUAUUAGAUGUACUGUGUGUAUGUAUGCGACCACUAGGCUUCGGUCAUACUAUAAAGCUGUUAACCUCUCUACAAAAUCUAAGUCUGAAGAUAGGAAGAGAGAAUGGGCCUGGUGUAACAGAGGAUUCUCUUUUUAUGCUUCUUACUGUGAUCACAGAAAAAACAACAACAACCCAAGUGCUCUCUGGAUGUAUUGGUAAACAUUUUAUGCUUGCAUUUAAACUUGAAAUGUAUGAACAGAAUGAGACAAUCAGUUCAAAUCAGCAAUGA